AUGGCUUGCAGAUGUCUCCGCCUGAAGAAGGAGUGUACGCCAUCCAUAAUUGUGCGCCGUCACAAACCCAGGUCUCAGGCUUCAAAUCGGGCGACACGCCUCGAGGAAAAGCUCGAUGAUCUUGUCUCGUUCCUGAGAGCCGAGAAAGGGCUGCCACCAGCACCGUCGGACCGGCAUGCCAUCAACGAAGACGACAACGAGGAAGAUGAAGAUGACGACCAAGACGAUUUGGAGUUAUUGCAAAGCCCAUCUCCUGAUGCCGCCAUCCCGACACCUGCAACAACGGCCGUCAAAUGGCCCUCUACGUCUGGAUCGCCCAAUGAAUGGGAAGCUGUUUCUACAGAUGAGCCAUCGACAGCUGAGGCAGAGGAGUCUCUCAGAAAGUUCAGAGAAGAGACAAUUCUGUUCUUCCCAUUUCACUAUAUACCACCGCAGGUCUCCUCUCAGCAGCUUAAGGAGACGUAUCCGUUCCUAUGGCUGAACAUCAUGAGCGUGACAUCAAGGUCUAACAAGCGACGACUGGCACUGGAAGACAAGGUCCGAGAGAUCAUAUUUCAAAAGAUAGUUAUAGAACGAGAGAAGAAUUUGGAUCUUCUUCUUGGGUUAAUAGCUACCCUGGGAUGGGCCUCGUACUCCACGAGAGGACCAGAAGGGGUGCGUUGGUCUACGGUCCUUGACGAAUACGCCAGUCUUCUCAUUCAAACCGACCUCGACCAGGACAAAAGCCUCGUCGCUUUGGUUCGCAUGCAGUUGAUCAUCAAUCAAAUGCAGAGUAUGAAUUUGAUGGGGUCGAAUCCAAAUCAGGAGUUGCGCGAACUGUAUACAUCCACCCUGCGCUCGCAGCUCCAAGCCAUCAUUGGCAGCGAGAAGUUCGGCCCGGCUGCAUCCACACACCCCGCUGUGCUUGAGCACUACCACUUCACCGAGCUUCUCAUUCUCGAGUCGUCCCUAUGUUCUUCACAUCAAUCCACUGAUUCAGAUCUGAAGAGAUUUGAGGUCUACCAAGGGCAACUGAACUCGGUCAGAGCAUGGCUCAGUACUUUCUACACAACGGACGUCCGAUCGUACGGUGACAAGGCGCUUUUUAGCUACUCUGAGCUGGUCCGGGUGAUGGUAUCCUUGCAUAAGUUGAAGACGUUGGAUGACACUGCUUGCUCGCGCUCUGGGGUUAGGCAAACGCUUGAUCUGAUUCCGACCCUGGACAAACUCAUUGCAGUCUUCGAGCAACUGAGAGCUGCCAGUGUUCUGUGGUCUCCCACCUGCAGCACAGGGGAAGACGAAGCGUUUACGUGGGCUAUCAACGUCUUUGAAGGCAUGAGAAAAGCAUGGAAGGAUGAAAUGACGGGGCUCGAGGACUUUGGCAGCGGCAACCUAGGGGUUGUGUCACAUAGCUUAGUGGCUAUGCCUACGUAUAGGGCUACCGAUGCGUGGUGGUCAGAUGUAUUCAAUAUUUGA